GAAUGCGGCACUUCUCUGUUUCUUCUGAGCGAUCCCAUUCUGAUCAGAGGUGUUAUAACUGUCCUUAAUACCUAAAGAGAGAGAAUGGGGUGCGGGAUCUCCAAAAUCACGGCGGUGGAACCCGUAAAACCGGACACGAAAGAGAACGUACCAGUGCGUGACAGUCCCCGAGGUGAUUCAGCAGUCUCAAAAAUCACAACAGACAGUGGAGUGGGCCUUGACACUGGAGAGACUACUCUCUUACCUGGAGCAGUUCCUAGGAUACUACCACCACUGAGAGCUCGGAGUCCAGUGCUAACCUCAGAAAACCAGAGGCCAGAUUCCAGUGUCAUUAUAGAGCAGCUUCUUAGUCAAGGCAUCAUUCCUGCCCAGUCAAGAGUAGGAGGCAGCGGAGAAGCUUACAAUAUCAUGUUGGAUGAUGCAGGAAGGCCAACGAGAAGGCCGCCACCCCGACUAGAGACACUCAAGAUUAAUAAAGAACGAGAAAUCACAAGGAAGGAAGACAUAGAUGAGAGGAUGAGACAGGUGGAAGAGAGAAGAAAGGUUCGGGAAGAAGGACUGCUAAACAGACUCAGGGCUAAAUCUGCACAGCCUCGUGGCAUAGCUCCUGUCAUGGAUGAAAAGGAGGAAAAGGAGGUGUGGGUCCAUGCUGAGGUUUCUCCAUCUCUUCGCCUCCCAUCUAUAGCCAAAGAGGGCAGCAGUGGAGAAGAAGCAGAUCAGAAACUGACCCACUCAUUAGUGUUGGAGAAUUUUGCAAAAAUUCAGCAGAAAGAAGAAACUGUUGAAGUCAUUUAACCUGGGCGUGAUCUACCUGCUAUCAUAACCGCUGUACAAUACAGCUUAGUUCUAAUGAGCUAUUUCUCAAGCAUAAACAGGUACAUAUUGUAAUUGUUUAUAUAUUGUUUAGGAAGAUGAUCAUAAGCAUAGGAUUUUGCACUUGCACUUUAAAAAAUCCUAGGUUUGUUCUUUUCAGUGGGACAUGGGCUUGGUAACACUGGAUAAGUGUAAUUUUUUAGAUGUUUGCAAACAGACUUUAUAUAACGGCUAUGACUGUGUUAAGCUCUGUCAGUUGCCAUUAGCUGUUCUAAGUAAGCAGAAUGCUACAGCACUUAAUUUCUGUGUAUAUUUAGACAUACAAUAUAUUACAAAGAUUAUAAUGCAGAUUAAUUAGUAUUUAGAAUUCACAACACAGUGAGUUCCAGAGGAAGGGGAAUGAACAUGUGUAUUAAUUAAGGGAAGUAAAUCAAGAAAACUGCUAAAGUUUAAAUAAAAAAGUGUAAGCAAAUAA